CGGCCGGCCGGGAGGAUGCCCGCCCGUCGGGCCGGCGUGCGGGCGGCCGUGGUGCUCAUCGGGCUGCUGCACCGGUCCCGCAAGCAGAGCAAGGAGAAGAGGAAACAGGAGCUGCUCAGCAGCGCGGAUGUGACCGUCCCGGAGCGGCCGCUCUCGCCCCCCCUCACCGCGCCGCCGACCAUGAAGUCUGCAGAAUUCUUCGAAAUGCUGGAAAAAAUGCAGGCACCAAAACUUGAAGAACAGAGGUCUGGAAGCCAAAAACACAAGGAAGACUACAUCCCGUACCCCAGCAUCGAUGAGAUCCUGGAGAAGGGCAGCCCAUACCCACUGAUCAUCCUGCCCCAGUUUGGGGGGUACUGGAUCGAAGACCCGGAAAACCUCGGAACGCCAACCUCAUCUGACAGCAGCAUCUGCGAGGAGGAGGAGGAGAACCUCAGCCCCAGCACCUAUGGCUACAAGCUGGAGUGCAAAGGAGAGGCCAGAGCCUACAGGAAGCAUUUCCUGGGGAAGGAUCAUUUAAAUUUUUAUUGUACCGCCAGCAGCCUUGGGAAUCUGAUCCUUUCCAUUAAGUGUGAGGAGGCAGAUGGCACUGAAUACCUAAGGAUUAUACUCAGGUCCAAGGUGAAGACGUUGCAUGAAAGGAUCCCCCUGGCAGGAUUUAGCAAGCUCCCUAGCAUCCCCCAGAUUGCAAAGGCCUUCUGUGACGAUGCCUCUGGGCUGAAGUUCAACCCUGUUCUAUACCCCAAGGCAUCCCAGAUGAUAGUGUCUUACGAUGAGCACGAGGUCAACAACACGUUCAAGUUCGGUGUGAUCUACCAGAAGUUCCGGCAGACCCAAGAGGAGGAGUUGUUUGGCAAUAACGAAGAGAGCGCUGCCUUCAAGAACUUCUUAAGUUUUCUGGGAGACACCAUAACACUCCAGGACUUCAAAGGUUUUCGAGGAGGUCUGGAUGUCAGCCACGGGCAGACGGGAGCAGAGUCCGUGUACACCGUGUUCAGGGACAGGGAGAUAAUGUUUCACGUCUCUACGAAGCUGCCUUUUACCGAGGGAGACACGCAGCAACUCCAGAGGAAGAGGCACAUUGGCAACGACAUCGUGGCAAUUAUCUUCCAAGAAGAGAACACGCCAUUUGUCCCAGACAUGAUCGCCUCCAACUUCUUGCACGCCUACAUCGUGGUGCAGGUGGAGAACCCCGAGGCGGAAAACACAGCGUACAAGGUGUCGGUCACGGCUCGGGAAGAUGUCCCCUCCUUUGGCCCACCGCUGCCGAGCCCGCCAGUAUUCCAGAAGAGCCCCGAGUUCCGUGAGUUCCUGCUGACCAAGCUCAUCAAUGCUGAGAAUGCUUGCUGCAAGUCCGACAAGUUCGCGAAGCUGGAGGACCGGACACGGGCUGCCUUGUUGGACAACCUCCACGAUGAGCUCCAUGGGCACACACAGACCAUGCUGGGGCUGGGGCCUGAGGAGGACAAGCUGGAGAACGGGGGUCAUGGAGGCUUUCUGGAGUCAUUCAAGAGAGCCAUCCGGGUGCGCAGCCACUCCAUGGAGACGAUGGUGGGCAGCCAGAAGAAGCACCAUGGCAGCGGCAUCCCAGGCAGCCUCAGCGGUGGCAUCGCACACAACAGCGGCGAGGUGACCAAGACCACCUUCUCGCCCCCAGUUCCAGCAGCUGCAGUCAAGAACCAGUCCAGGAGCCCCAUCAAGCGCCGCUCAGGGCUGUUCCCUCGCCUGCACACGGGGUCUGAGAGCCAGGCAGAGAUCAGGACAAGGUGUGACAGUGUUUCUGGCACCCAGAAGACACCAGAUUUGGGACAUUCUUCCCAAGAGAUGAAGUCUGAGACCUCGUCCAACCCCAGCUCCCCUGAAAUAUGCCCCAACAAGGACAGGCCGUUUAUCAAGCUGAAAGAGAACGGGAGGACGAACAUCUCCCGCUCCUCCUCGAGCACCAGCAGCUUCAGCAGCACAGCAGGGGAGAGCGAGACCCUGGAGGAGUACGACAGUGUGGGGAGCCAGCCCUCCACAGCAUCACCGUUCAAGCAGGACGUGUUCGUGUAUGGUGCCUCACCCGGCAGCGAGAGCCCCAGCGCGGCGGCUGCGGCCACCCCCGUCAUCAUGAGCAGGAGCCCCACAGCAGAUAUAAAGAACAGGAACUCUCCCCGCUCAAACCUCAAGUUUCGCUUUGACAAGCUCAGCCACAGCAGCUCCAGCUCGAGCCACUAGCAGGAGGAGUCGUGACCCUGCACAAGAGAAUUUCUGUUUCACCAAGGGAAAACUCCACCAUCCUGUGGGAAGUGCGGGUGCUGAGCCUCUGUGCCGGGAUCUGCCCCGGCAGGACCCAGCCACCUUCCCACCAGGUGAACCCCCACCAUGGACGCAGCAGCUCCCCAGGCCCCCGGGCUCCCCCUCAGCUCACGACCCACACCACAACUGCUGGGCAGAUGCAGCCCCUUGCUCCAUAUGUGCUCAGUGUCCGGCACAAGGGGAGCACGUGUGAACCGGUCCUGCGCUGAGCUGGUGACCGAGGCCAUUGUGUCCUCUCUUGCCAGCUCCAGAGAUGGUUUAUACGUCCUCCCUGCUUUCCUCCUGCCUGAAACUGAGCACGGGCACAGGAAAAGGUUAACCAAAGCUAAAGCUGUAGUAUAUUUAAAUACCAGCACUGGUACUCAGAGUGAAUCCACCCUGCUUUACCCUAUAGGUUGGGUCGCAUAAAAUUCCAGUGAUUUGAAUGGCAUUAGGUUGCUCCCCCCCUUGCAGAAUCUGUCCUGCUGCUUCUGAACGUGCUUUUCUUUAUUUUAAAAGAUGAGGAUUAUGGAUUCUGCAAGGUGACUUCCCUGGAAUGCCCUUUUCCAAAAAAUACCUCUCAACAUGCCAAGAAAUCCUUUUGCUCUUUUAUGGAACUUUGUCCAAAGUUUACUGAGGUCUGUCCAUGAAUUUCCCAUUGCUCAUAGAUUUCCCUUACCAGGUUUCUGAAAGAAACACUGCAGAGAUGCUCCCUGCCCUUUACCACUGUCCAUGACCUUUGCAAACCCCUCCAUGUAAUAAGGUUCUCAAUCUCAAGUGAAAGCAAUUCUUUGAGUUCAUGAUUCCUCAUGAACACAGAACUUUGGGUGCCAAAGUUACCUGUACACGGCUGGAGCUCCCAGAGGCACACGAGUAUCCACAGCCACAUUUAGGAGGUGCCUGCAGAGCUAUACCCUAGAAGCAGCCCCAGGCCACCACUAUGGCUGCUCCCCGGAGGAUGCAGCUCUCUGGGGGAAGUGCUUGUAGAAGCAAACCAUCACCUCCCUCCUCCCCAUCACCUCUCUUCUCCCCAUCACCUCCCUUCUCCCCAUCACCUCCCCUGGGCCAGAGCAAAGCCAAACUGAGCCGGCUCUGCUCCCUGGGACUAUCUGAUAACUUUACUGGUAGGUUCUUAUCGGUGCUCCCACUUGUGCACGUCAUUUAUCCAUUUGGAAAGGAAAGACUGCAGAGGAACCAGAUUAAAGGAGGAAAGGACUUAGUGGGAAGGCAGAGAACCGUUUCAGAGGCACUAAGUGGGCUGUGUAGGACUCGCAAAUACCAAUAACCACCAGUGGGGACACUCUCCUGCUUUCAGGAGAGAAGCACAGUGUGCUUAGCCUGGUCCCUAGCUCGCUCUAGAUGUCUCAGGUUCCACAUACUUUGCUGUUCAGCACUUCUGUCUGACGAUGCUUUGGUAGCACUUUCAAACCCGUCCCCAGUUCUUCCUCUUAGAAGCUUUUGGUCUGGUUUUCUCACGCCGCACAGUGAAACACUGACUGGUGCAAUGACUUGCUUUGAGGGUCUGUUUUGGAUUUGUUUUUUGCCUUGAGAAGUUGCUUGAUUCUGUAGACGUCGUCAUUCGCCUGGGUGUUGAUCUCCAUGAGAUCUUUCAGCAGAAGAUGCAGUGGCUACUGUCAGCUGGGAUUUCAUUUUUGGUUUUGCUUGGGUUUUUUUACUUGAAACUGUGACUUUCCUUGUUGAUCUGUAGAACUGUUCUAACGGGAUUACAGGCAGCAGCACAGUGUGAAGCUUCAGGGAGAGAGAUGCAGUGCCUGGGGCUUGUCCUUGCCUUGGCAGUGGGGCCAGGAGCUGAGGUCUGGCACUGGCUUUGCCAGUGGCUCCUGUAUGAUCUGGGAUGCUUUCAACAGCAUCCUCACUGUGGCAGCACAAACCCACUGCAGCAUCCUUACAGCCCCUGGGCCAUGCAGCUCGUGUCUUGGCUGGGCUGUAGCGUGGUUUCUGCCUGUGCUCCCUGCAGCCACGUGUGCGUGGUGUCCACCUUUCAGCCCAUGGUGGUGCUGGGACUGACCAGUGGUUGUGUUAAACCUCGGAGGCAUUUGCGCUUCCCGCAGUGGGUGAAGGUGUUCCUGUAUAUAUAUUGCAAAACGUUUUGUGCUUAUCACAUAUAUACAUAUAUAAAAGGGAUUUUAUAUAUAUAUAUAUAAUAUAUAUAUAAAAAGAGAGGAUCCUUAACUGACACUAACAGUAUUGGCCAGUGCAUUUUCCUUUCCGAUCCCCACUGUUAUACACAGAACUUCUAUAGGACUCGAAAGUGACUUUGCACAGGGAGCAGAAGGGGCUCUGGAAUGCAGCUGGGGGUAACCAGGAGAGCCCCCAGCUGUCUUGGGGGUCUCUUCUGUUGUGGGGAGCUGCUCCCUUCCUUGCUGGGGUUUCAGUGCCCCUGUUCCUGCUGCACCCUGCCUGUACAAGGCCUGGACCAGUCCAUGAGUGUGGUGAGAGGCAGAGGCAGGCUGGGUCCAGGUCCAUCUGCAGUGCUGGUGCUGCAGGCAGGCAGAACCUGGCUCCCCACCACCAGCAUCUCCUGUGUGAGCCCAGGGACUGGUUGGAGCUGCUGCUUCAUUCAGGAAAGCUCUUGGCACGUACUUGCACCCUCUUGACACCCCACAGAGCCAAGCACAGGGUUACACCCCAGCACAACAUGAAAGUGCUUUUUUUCUGAGCAAAAAGAGGGGAUCUGAAGCACAAACUGUUUCUUUACAGAGCUUUGAGGGUCUUUAGGAGCGGCAGGGGAAGGGGCUGCUGGCACGGAUGCGCUUGUUGACCAGGGCUGAGCUGUCUGCCUGUCUCUGGCUUGGCUGCAGGUGGUGCUGAGCACCGAUAGCUGCUCUAAACCAGCAGCAGGUCAGAGCUCAGCAUCUGCAGGUCACACCUCGUGCUCAUGCUGCUUUGCUGCUGGCUGGAGCUGGCCGGGUCCGUCAUUCCUCGUCCCAGAGCAUGCUUGCAUUAUGUUUUAACGAAUGUAGCACUGCGUGUAUCCUGCAAAGGGAAAUGCUGGAUUUAUAGCGUUAGAAUGUGAAGAGAGUUUACAGAGUGAAAAUAUAUCUUGAAGAAAUGUAUCUGACAGAGUUUAUUUUUUAUGUAGAGAGGCGGUGCUUUGUAGUUCCUGGUGGCCUAUGUCUGUUGUAAAUAAUGUACAUUUAAUUUAUUGCUAUGGUAGCAGAUUGUAUUUGUUAUGUAUAAAACUGAAGGUUCACAAAUGUAUAUUUUGUUGCUUAAAUGUGUCUUUGCAAAAUUCACAAUAAAUAACAUAUUUUGUGUGCUA